CCCAAUGCCAAGCGUACGGUGUUUUUAUGUCAGGGAUCUUGGAUGAAUAAGAAAGGAUGUGUACCACAUUAAACGCACUAACGAGACUGGCGAGAAUGUAAGCAAAACAACAACAAAGAAGAAUCCUACACAUACUUCGGCAUAUUUAAAUUACUGCACAUGAGCUGAAAAGCUAAGAUGAAUUUUACAAGAGAUUUCGUAAUUGCUUCACUUCGUUGACUGGAUACUUCUUAUACAUGACACCUUCUUUACAUGUGGGUCUGACCAAAGUGGAAGAAUGAAGCGUCUAUUUUUUGUGGAGCCAGUUGUUGCCAUUUAUGCCUUUGCUAAUUUCAUGGCAUCUCCACUGCAGCAGCAGUUUGUCUACCGCCGCCUGUGGGAGGAGUUGACUAACUCCAGUUAUCUAGUCAGUGAGAAUUCUUCUGACUGCACUCCCAACAAGAGCAACAUAACCAGUGGGCAGGAGGUUGUGCAGAAGGCAGCUUCCAUAUUUUUCAUGUACACUGAUUUGCUUUCACUGAUCCCAAGCCUCAUGGUUACCUUGGUCCUGGUGGCACGCAGCGAUCGUCAGGGACGGAAGAUGACUAUACUUCUUCCUCUCAUUGGAGCUACCAUCUCCUCCCUAGCAAACUUUUUUGUGUCUUUCUUUACUUUGAAUCUGUACUUCCUUUUAGUAGCUCAUUUCGUAAGUUCGCUCUUUGGUGGAUUUGGAACAUUUUUGGGAGGUUGUUUCUCAUAUGUGGCUGACUUGUGUGUUAAUGCCAAGCAAAAAAAUGUUCGGAUGGCUCUGGUUGACAUGGUUAUUGGUCUGCUGUCUGGGAUAGCUUCUCUGUCCACUGGCUACUUUUUAAGGGAAAUGGGCUUUAAUUGGCCAUUUCUAAUGACAGCUGUGCUUCACUGCCUUAAUAUUAUAUAUGUUAGCUUCUUCCUGGAAGAGACUGUCAAGACACCUGCCAUCAGCCACCUACAGAGGCCUGAUCCAAGCCCUUUGAAAAAGCUGUUUUUUGGAGUGUAUCUGCUCUUUGCAGCAUCCAGUGCCAAAAGAAACACCAGUUUAAUCAUUUUGCUAUUAGCGUUCUCAUUCUAUAGUUUCGCAAACAUUGGUGGCCUGUCUAUUUUCAUUCUUUACGAAUUGAAUAUUCCUUUAUGCUGGAAUGAAAUCCUAAUUGGCUAUGGCUCUGCUCUUUCCACAUUAAUUUUCUUGACCAGUUUUGCUGGUGUUUCCUUGUUUUCUUUCUGCCUCGAUGACAUUUACAUUGUGUUAAUUGGACUGCUGUCGGCCAUGUCAGGAAUGUUUAUGACCGCAUUUGCCAAAACCACGCUGCUGAUGUUUCUAGUGAGAUUGCCUUUACUUUUUGCUGUUAUGCCUGCUCCGGUGUUGCGCUCCAUGAUGUCGAAGAUUGUUUUGGAUUCUGAACAGGGAGCACUAUUCGCCUGCAUUGCCUUUGUGGAAAUCCUAAGCACCUCUGUGUCAUAUGCUGUUUUUAACAGCAUUUAUGCGGCCACUGUCUCCUUGUUCUCUGGCUUCUGCUUCCUUCUGGCAGCAGGUCUGAGCCUGAUUCCAUUGGGCUUAAUGGGCGUCAUGUUGUUUUUGAGACCUCAGGUGACCCAGGAAACUCAGGGGCUUGUAACUGAAGAUGAAUUCGACGAAAGAAAUGAAUAAGCAGAUCCAGUGUGUAUCUAAAUUUGGGAGGAGUCUUGUGAUUUUGUCUGUCUUGGCAGAGCAUGCUGCCAAAAAUCAAGUAUGUACUGAAAAGAGGAAUUUAAAACAACCUACAGCAGUAAAUCAAACAACAAUUUUGGAGUUCUGCAACAAUAGCACUUACAUGUUUGUAUGUUUCAUACUAAAUACAGGAAAAAAGAUUUGCAUGUUCAGUUAUAUCACUUUUGUCAACCUGUAGUUAAAAAAAAAAAAAAAAAAAUGCAAUUUACAUGUCUUUGUGAUCCAGGUUUGGAACUUCAGCUUGUUCUUCCUUUGGUGUUAAAAACAAAUUACAAUGUUGCUGUAUUUAAAUAAAAAGUUUAUUCUUCAAAGAUAUGUAUUUCUCAAACUGGUACAGGGAAUACUCAGUUUUUUUUAUAAAAUAAUUACAAUACAGAAUACCGGUAAACAGGUACGUCAAACUAUCACAGUAUAGGAGAUACAAUUUCACUUAAUAAGGCAGGACAAUAAACAGAACUUGGAAUUUG